GGUAAACACUUCACGUUCGACGUUCAAACGUCCACAAGUCAACGAGCACAGCUGGAUCUUGAUAGAUCUUGUGGCCGGUCCGGACCUUCCGCUAGAUUACGUCGUUCGCUUUGGUGGACCCUUACUUUUGUUCUGAACGUCUUUGCUUUAAACACUUGCUUGCCCAUAUUGUGCUCGUCAUGUCUGCAAUAGAUACGCUCUCCAACGAGUUUCAAGAGAAACUACGACGGAGACCUGAGAACAGGUCAUUACGGGAAACAUUGCAGCAUCUGACCCACUUGCGCACUGGGCAGGAUGAAACGAUUACAACCACUUUGGAGUCCUUAAAGGACGAUUUUGAGAAGUUGGAGGCAGAGGGGUUAUGGCAGAAGUCUCCAGAGACAGAAAGACUAUUGCAGGAUCUCGUCUACGAGGUUGCGAGAUUGCAUCCUGCUCAGAAAAGGAUGCCCGCUGAAGUAUCUUCUAACAAUCCGAGCGCAGAAGCUGCUGGCUCAGCCGAACAACCCACACCGAUUCCUGUACCUCCUCCUCUGUCUACUCCGUUGCUUCCACUAUCUUCUUUCAAUACGACGGUACUUCCACUGGAAUUGAUUGAGGCCUUGAACCAGACAUACUUUCUGCAUUUGCUAGCGACAGAGCCUGAAAAGAUACUCCCUCCAGGGAAAUCCUUGCUCUCUGUCAUGAUACAUCCAAACGCUCAAACUCAGGAAGACCCGAUGGCUUCUUUGAAGAACAGGGUCGAAGAUCUCGUGCACAAAGCGUUCUGGGAUGAGGCUUUCGAAUCUCUUUCGAAUCCAACUCCCGCAGUGGAGAUGCCUAGACUGAAGAGACUAUAUGAGGACUUGCACACCGCUCUUGUAACUCUCCUCCCUUCCGAUCACCCUGUUUUGGUUACAUUAGCCUCCCCGCUUUCACCAACUUCUGCACCCCUUCGAUCUGCAGUCAGCCACCUUCGCGAAGUCCUGGACGCCUUGAAGCAAAGAUGUGCCCCUGCCCGUGAUGCCUAUAUCGACGCACUUAUAGUCAAAUUAGACGAUCCGCUUCCAUCCAGUCUCCCUCAGCUUGUUGUCGAAACUGUCCGAGACAUUCUGAAGCUCGCCGAAGGGAUGAAGGAAGAUUUAUCUCAGUUUGUUUUGGGAACAAUGGGCGAGAAGCAGCUCCGCGAGGUCAUCUCAGCACAGGCCAAGACACGCGAGAGGGAAUUGGUCCACAGUCUGUGGGAUCCUGAGAGCGUUCGGACGUUAUGGAAAGAAUGGCUCAUUGAACUAGACCCCGCUGCGCUAUCGAUUGCACAACCACCUCCUGAUGAAAAGAGAUGGGUUGUCCGGCUCAUGCAAGCUCUUGGAACACCUCACGCUAUCUCUUGCAAUAUUCCUACACGAUCUGGGGAGAUCCAGCCAUCAGGUGAAAUACGGCCCCUUUCCGAAACAUCUACCGACCUACCUCUGUCAUCGUCAAACACACUCCCGCCUCCUCUUUUCUUCGUUACGCCAACCCUCCUUCAAAUCCAGAACUUCUUACAAGCCUUGGUCAUAGCCGCGUCUCUCCGAUCACUCAUUCGUCUACCCCCAGCUGCCGCCCAAACUGACGGCGAUCCCUCAAAGAACGAAUCCCCAGAACAUACAUUCACCCAACGAGUUUGGAUAUUGCUGAAAUCGGAGAUUGAGGGGGAACCGGAUGCGGAUGGCACGAAACUCGUGCACCUCGCCGAUGAGAUCAUCAGGACUCGAAGAUCAUUCGGAGGGCCGGUGAACGAGGAGGAAGAGAAUCGUCUGCGAACUGCGGUAGAUCGUACCCUUCGAACUAGCGAUCCCGUCUUCACUUUGCUAUCCAAACGUCUCGUGAAUGCCUUGACGGAACGAUUACUUGUAGCCCCGGAACCUCAGGGUGCUGGUGCUGUGCCCUUUCGUCUACAAGCGGGAAAGGAUACACACAAGAAACCUCAUAUGUGGUUGAGUCCUGCCACCCACCAAGAUGAAACUGAGGUGUUGAGGGAGAAGCGGACAGAGAGAUCAUUGUUGGUGAAAGGGUUUGAGGAUGGGGUUUUAGUAGAUGCCGCGACGGAUGUGCUAGUGAAGCUGAGAGGGUGUGUUGAGUGGACGGAAGACGUAUGGGGUGAUGUGAUCAAAGGAGACUAAGAGCAUGUAAAUGUACAAAUGAACCGGACUUGAUAGAAUGGCAUUCAUACAAUUGCACG